AAAUUUUAAAAAUAAAUAAAAAAUAAUUUUGAUCCAGCAAAAGUUAAGGAAAUAACAAAGAUGUCCAAGACAAUUCGUUUCCUAAACUAGUGUCUCAAUUUACUGAUAAAUAUAGGAAGUUGAUUAAAUUCAAUUUAAAAAUCUCUCCUUUAACUUUUAAGUGAAUUCCUCUUAUUUUGUCUUUUUAACUUUCCCAACUUACCUCCCACAUGGGGCACUGCAGUCUAGUGGAGAGUACAUGGGCUUUGGAGGAUUAAGAUACGAAUUGAGGGGGUGUUAGGAAGGGCUCUUAGAGCUCACAGUUCCCCCUUCUCCUCACUCCCCAUCGUCAAUGGGCCCAGUCCAAUUGUUCUCCACGAUGCAAGCUACAAAUCCAACAGCCAUUUAUGCUGCCCAGGAGAGGCUCGGACUGGCUUAUAUGCUCUCAUCUAAUCUGGAAUUUCCUCAUUAGACAGAGCCUCAGACAAGCCCCCUCCUGGCCACCUCUUAUGAUGGCCCUUGCUGAGGCCCUUAAAGUCCUUAAACCAUCCCCCCAGUUUCCUCCAGCAAUCAUCUAGGGAUCCCUUAAGGCCUUCAUGCCCCACCCCACCCACAUUCUGUAGCCUGGACAGGGCAUUUGGAGCCCCCAGCCUCCUAGCCUUCCAGCCAUCCUGCUUCACCGUCCAUCCCUCCUCCUGCAGGUGGGGGGCCAUGGGGAGAAGUGGGCCUGCCUGCGCAGCCUCUCCUCCCUUUGGCCCUGCCCAGAGAGAGAGGGAUAAAGGAGCACCAGAGCAGCCCUGCCUGAUUCUCAUUAGGGGCCACAGCUGGGAUGGACCCUGCGGAGCCGGAUGGCAGCAGCCAAGGUGGAGCGAGCAGGACCCGCUCCCGGCGACCACACAGGAACUUUGACCGAGGGGCCUGUCACUGGGGGUCCAGCCGCUGCUUCACUCAGGACCGGAAGGCAUCCCAGGUCUGCAGAUAUUUCCAGCGAGGCUUCUGCUUCCACGGAGAUGGAUGCAGCUACCGGCACCUGCAGCCUCCCCACCACCUUGAGUGGGGCCGCCGCCAUUCGGAGCCACACAUCACCCUGUCAGGCCCCCUGCAGGGACUGACCCGCAGGGGCUCCGAGCCCUCCUACCUGCCCUCUGUGACUGCCGGAUGGCGUUGGGCCGGGGCCUACCAGGGCAUGGAGCCUGGCCUGGAGGAGUUGUUCAGCAAGGCUGAGGACAUUGGUGGCAGCUCCUGGAAGUCCCUGUCCCUAGCAUCUGCUGAUGGUGAUCACAGCUACUUCCCAAAGUCUCAGCCUAUGUCAGACCCUGUUCAGGAGCUCCUGGCCCCACUUCAAAGCCUGGACCUGGAGGUGCAGCAGAGGGUGCAGGACAGUCGGGACAUCGUGUGUGGCAUCUGCAUGGACAAGGUGUGGGACAAGCCAGAGGCCGAGCGGAUUUUUGGCAUCCUGCCCAACUGCAGCCACCCCCACUGCCUGGGCUGCCUGCGUACCUGGCGGAAGAGCCGAGGGGACUUCCCGCUGGGUGUCAUCAAGGCCUGUCCCCAGUGCCGUGUCCCUUCCAGCUACAUCAUCCCCUGCAAAUUCUGGGUGAGCAAGGGACCUAAGAAGGAACAACUCAUCAGGAACUUCAAGGCUCGGACCAGCCAGAUUCGAUGCCGGUUCUUCAUGCGGGGGAAUGGCCGCUGCCCCUUCAAGUCGGACUGCAUUUACCUGCACCAGCUCCCAGAUAAGGCCCCGACUUCUGAUUCUCCCUGGCCCGGGAGUAUGCAGCUGGCCUCUGUGGUGGGCAAAACAGCGUUCCUAGGGGGCACCGAGCCAGAGGAGGAAGUGUUCUUCAUGGACUGUGCCCUGACCAUGGCCUUCUGGGGUUCAGAACUCCUCCUGGACCCCAACAGUUCUUACCACUGCCUCCUGUAACCAGGAUCAACGUGUGGGGGGAUGGGGCUGAGGGGCAGGGGUUGCCAGGUGGUAGGUCUUUUCCCUUUGGAGCUUGGUGGGGGAUGAA